AUGUCGGCCGUCAACACAAGCAAAAUUGUCAUUGUCACUACAUGCGCAAGAAUCGCAGGCAGGCUGAGAGGAGCUCGCUGUUUUCACCAGGCAGCCAUCCGACCCCUUCGGGGCCAGCAGCUGGAAUGUCACGACUCUCCGGCGACAUGGAAGGAUGCCAACAACAAUAGCUGCUACCACUACGAGACAGGGCACUGGUGCAAUUCGCAGGGCGCUGCAGGUUCUGGAUGGAAAGACACCUGGGGCACCUUUGCCGAAUGGUCCAAAGCCAUGGAAGGCAACGGUCCUGUGACGGCCUGCUGCGCCUGCGGUGGUGGUCUCAAGUUCGUUGCCUCUGUGGAAAGUCAGCGACCCCUGGCCUCCAGGCGGCUCGUGGCUCCGGAGGACCGUUUGGAUCUGGACUCCUUGGUGGCGCCCACUGAGACUUUGCCACAGGAGUUCCUCGAUGCAUCCCCGGUGAUGGCGCCAAUGGACCGAAUCCCUUCGAAGUUUGCGCACAUCUUGGGCGCUGCAGUGGAGCAGAGGGAGCGGCCGGACGUGCUGGGUCUCUCGGCACGAUUCUUCGCUUCUCCACCGGGCGAUGAUUGCUCAGGUCCGCUUCCUGUAGCCUCGGCUAUCGACCGGGCCCUCGACUAUCGUAUGGGCUUCACAGGAGGUUUUCAGCGCUAUCUCCAGGACCGAGCCCAGCAUGCCACCGCCGGUGGCUUCUACGGGAAGUGGUCCGGGACCGUGAACAUCCUUCAGGCCGGCACAUAUGUCUUUGACCUGGCGCUGGGUUUCGACACGACGAGCUCCAUCAAGAUCGACGGAAAGGAGUUCCUGACCAUGGGGCAAUGCCUGUCUGCCAAGGAUGAGUUUGCUUGCUCGAUGAAGCGCUGCGUUUGGGAGGCGGCGCUUGCGGACACUGGGUUUCGUAACCAGCUAACACGACUGCAUCAGCAAGCUUUUGGGGCGUUUUGA